AUGGACACGAAAGAGGUUACGUUUAUCAUAAAAUGGAGUGGAAAAGAAUAUCCCAUUGAGGAUCUCACCGAACAUGACACGGUUGCUGUUCUGCGGCAUGAGAUCUGUAAAAAAACACAGGUCAGACCGGAACGACAGAAGCUGCUAAAUUUGAAGUACAAAGGAAAGCCGGUAACAGAUGAUGUUAGAUUGGGAGCUUUAGAGCUGAAGCCCAAUUUUAAAGUUAUGAUGGUAGGUUCGUUGGAGUCUGAUAUUAAAGAGGCCUCCUCGAGACCAUCGGAUAUUGGAAGUGUCGUGAACGAUCUGGACAAUGAAGAGGAAGACAACGUUCCAUUAGAAAACAAGGAUGUUUUCUUAGCUAAAAUCAACAGACGCAUUAAGGAUUAUAAUCUAAAAGAGAUGAACCCACCUCGCGAAGGGAAAAGGUUGCUUGUGUUGGACAUUGACUAUACGAUAUUCGAUCAUCGUUCCGCGGCUGAAAAUGGAGCUGAACUGAUGCGACCAUAUUUACACGAAUUUUUAUCAUCAGCAUAUCAAGAUUACGAUAUUGCGAUUUGGUCGGCUACGUCCAUGAGAUGGAUAGUGGAAAAGAUGAAGCUUCUCGGCGUAACGGAUGAAUCACGGGAUUACAAGCUGGUGUUUAUGCUAGAUGAUGCAGCAAUGAUUACGGUGUUGUGCCCGUUGCGCGGUGUAAUUGAGGUUAAACCGUUGGGUGUAAUUUGGGGUAAAUACAGCCAGUACUCGUCGAAAAACACGAUCAUGUUCGACGAUCUGCGCCGAAACUUUCUGAUGAAUCCCAAGUCGGGAUUGCGCAUCAAACCAUUCUCCGAGGCUCAUCUGAACCGUCACAAGGACAAGGAAUUGGUCAAGUUGGCAAAAUAUUUGAAGGCUAUUGCGGAAAACUGCGAUGAUUUUGAUACACUCAAUCACCGGCGGUGGGAGGAUUAUUUGUCAAAGAAACGAUCUCAUUGAUUUCUGUGGUGUUAGCAGACGGGAUUCGCCCAUUGUCGAUAAAAUCGCACUGAAAAGUUGUA